AUGGCGCUCCCCUUGCGGACCAAUUUGAAACAUUUCAUCCGCUUCAUUCAGAGGUUUAAGCCCCUGAAAAGGUGCUUCUGCGCUGCUGUCUGCCCGGAAAUCAAGGAGCCUCCAUUAAAUGCCCGCGUGUUCUCAGGGAUCCAGCCGACCGGAGUGCCGCAUCUAGGCAACUACUUGGGUGCUCUAGAAAACUGGGUGGCCCUGCAGGACCAGUACCCCUCGGUGCUCUACAGCAUCGUGGACCUGCACUCCAUCACUCAGCCUCAGGAUCCAGACAAGCUCAGGAACAACAUCCUGGACAUGGCAGCGAGCUUGCUGGCCUGUGGAAUCAACCCAGAGAAGGCGAUCCUGUUUCAGCAGUCUCAGGUGUCCGAGCACGCUGAGUUCUGCUGGAUCCUCGGCUGCCUGACCAGCAUGCCCCGGCUACGCCACCUACCCCAGUGGAAGAUGAAGAGCAAGCAGAAGAACGAGGGCAGCGUUGGGCUCUACAUCUACCCCGUCCUGCAGGCCGCCGACAUCCUGCUCUACAAGUCCACACACGUCCCCGUCGGAGAGGACCAGGUCCAGCAUCUGGAGCUGGCUCAGGAUCUCGCCCGGAUCUUCAACCUGCAUUACGGAGAGCUGUUCCCCGAGGCGCGGGCUCUGCUGAGUUCGACACGAAAGGUCAAGUCCCUCCGCGACCCCUCCUCCAAAAUGUCAAAGUCCGACUCGCAGGCAAUGGCCACCAUCUCCAUCACCGACUCCCCGGACGACAUCGCCCAGAAGAUCCGCCGCGCCGUCACGGACUUCACCUCCGAGGUCACCUUCGACCCGCAGGCGCGCCCCGGCGUGUCCAACCUGGUGACCAUCCACGCCGCCGUGGCCAGGCUCAGCGUGGAGGAGGCGGUGUCGGCAGCCAAAGGGCUGGACACGGGGGCGUACAAGGGGCUGGUGAGCGAGGCGGUGAUCCAGAGGCUGGCGCCCCUCAGGGAGGAGAUCCAGAGGCGGAGGGCGGACCCGGCGCACCUGGAGGCGCUGCUGGCCCUGGGGAGCCGCAGGGCCCGGCAGCUGGCCGCACCCGUGCUGGACGAGGUCCGACACAGAGUGGGCUUCAGCUGAAAGACGACAAAAGCUGGGGAAGAUACGGUUAGUUAAGCUGCUGGGGUAAAAGAUGCCGGACGUUAGUUUUAUUUAAGAAAAAUAUGUUUUUGACAUAUUUGUUCAAACUGUCACCAUGGCGUGGCGUUAUGAGACAUAUAAUCUGUGAAAAGAUCGAUCUCCUGAUUUCCCUUGGCUACUGCUGCCGUCUGAAGAAAUGCACCAAAAUCAACCAAUCAGAGCCAGGAGGCGGGUUUUAACGCAGUCAAUCAGCGCUAAAACCCGCUGAACGUUUAGCAUGUUCUACAUGUUCUACGUGCUAAUGGCGGCCAAACAGCUGACCGUUACAGGAAAACUGUUAACUACUGGUAACGAGCUUAGCAUUCACAAGCUAGUUAGGCUGUGUUAUCAGGAAGAAGCAGAGAAGAAGAGAGGAAGGAUGAACACCACCACACGGAGGGUGAUUGACAGCGCUAAGAUCCGCCUCCUGUCUCUGGUUACUUCUUGUUAGCACUAGAAGAAGGCAGAGGCUCUUGUUUUUUUGGUGGGGGGUUUCACAGGUUAUGUCUCAACACCAUACUGUCACGACAUGGUGACAGUUUCUAUAUGUAGAAAAAUAUUUUCUUUUAUGAAAAUUACAUACUACAGCUUUAAUAAAUAGACUUUUUUAAUGACAAGACAUGUUGCAGUGAUUGUUCUUCUGCUGAAAUGUUGUUCUUGGCUGUGACUCCCACAGUGGGAUGUUUGAAGUCUGACCACUGGCCACAGACCGAUGGAUCAGAGUUUGUCACAUCAAACACUGGACUCAUUUAUUUAGCUCCAAGUCCUCAAUACAACACAGGCUGUUUUUCAUGUUCCCCACUGUGUGUGUUUUUUUUUUUGGCCAUAUUUCGUGUGCUGCCAAAACAUUCAAAUCUUCUGAAAACUCAACAAUAAAAACUCGCCUCACUUAGAGAGUCUUCAGGUUUCAUUGUGAAUUGUUCAAAAGAAACCAAGCGGCAUCGGUUUUACUUGAGCUGAAGAACCCGGUCGGGAAGAUUAUUUUGUUUCUGGUUUUCUCUUUUACUUUUUUUUUUUUUUGCUUCUUGCAGAAGAAGCUGGACCUUAAUACAAAAACUGAAAACUGAAUGAUAGCUUUCCUUUUUUCCUUGUGUUUUUUUUUUUUUUGCUUUCCUAUUUUGCUUUAAAACUCAAGACUACAAUCAUGCUGACAUAAUCUACUUUAAUGCUUUCCUUUUAUUUUAACUGUAGAUUUUUUUAAAUAUUUUUGGAAACUGAAGAUUACUUAUGGCAACAUAAUCUAAUUUAGCGUGUGUGAUGCUUUCCUUUUUCCAAAACCUGAAGAUCGGACAAAACCGACAAUCUCUUAUUGUUUAAUGCUUAUUGCUGUUGAAUGCUUUACUUUUUUUUUUUUUUUGCUUCAAAACUGAAUAUUGUAGUUUGAAGCAAACUGUAAUAAGAUACUUACUGCUUUACUUCAUUUUAAUUAAAUUUAUUUAAUUUUUCCCCCCCAAAACUGAAGAUUAUACUUAAGGUGACAGAAUGCACAUAUUUUAAGAUGUUUGCUGGUUAAAUUUUCUUUUAUUACUACUUUUUCAAAACCGAAGAUUAAAGUUAUGGUGACAGAAUCUACUUUAAACUUUAAAGUACUUGAUUCUUCCCUUUCUUUUAUUAUUAUUUCUUUUCAUCUAAAACUGAAGAUUACUUAUGGUGACAGGAUCUACUUUAAUGCUCUCCUUUUUUAUUGUUAUUGUUUUGUUUUAUUUUGACUUCAAAACUGAAGAUUAUAGUUGUGGUGACAUAA